UUGCAAAAUAGGAGUGCUAGGCUUCUGUAUAAGAAACGGUCUAGGCUGACGUCCAUCUCGGCGCCGCCGCAGAAGUCGCAUUGACAAGCACCCAAGCAGGGCAACAAGCUCAACGGUCCGCAUUAUCCACACUCCGCAAAGAGAAUCACCACCAAACACAGCUUUCCGACAACGUGCCAAGUGCCCUGCAGCCAACCGCCAUGACAAUACAAAAUACCGAGACCACCAGCUCAGCCGGAGCUACUGCCCUCCCCGCUGGCUACACCUUGCACGAGGGCUACCCGCCACUCCCCGAGUAUCUCGACCUACGCAAACUCUCGGGCCUCACGCCCGUGUCCCCUGAGCAGGGUGCCGCCGUGCCCCGCGGCAGCUGGUAUGGAGUCUACAUCACAACCGCAGAGGCGGGUGCAGAAGAACAAGAAGGCGGCAGCAGCACCGCACAGCCACAGCCCUCCUCCAACGGAGUGCAAACAGGCGAAUCACCAGCGAGCAGCAGCAGCACCAACACCAACACCACCAGCAGCAAGCCCGGGCGCAAGGCCGUCGCCAUGGGCCGCAUCAUUGGCGAUGGCGGGUGGUACUUUGUCAUUGCGGACAUGGCGGUCCUCCCCGGGCACCAGCGGCGCGGGCUGGGCGACGCCAUUGUCAAGAGGCUCGUCGACCGCGUCUACUCGCACGGCGCAAAGGGCCAGGCUUACGUCUCCCUGACGGCGGAUCCGCCCGGGAGGAAACUGUAUGCGCGCAACGAGUUUGUCGAGUCGAUGCCUCGCGGGAUGGGCAUGCACAGGCUCUUGCAGGUGCCUGGCGGCGGCGACGACGGCGGCGAGAGGGAAGGCCAGCAGGAGAGGGAGGCUUGAGGUCGCGGGGGUUGUGAUGAUGGCUGUUGGCUCGGCAGGGAGGCAGGCAGUCAGGCAGGGAGGCAGUCUUGCCAUGUUGAGUUCCCAUUUGCAGGGCUAUCAACAGAUUUGCGCGCGGGAUGUGACUUCCGUGGCCAGCCAGCGUUCAUCCUGUCCGAGAAGCACAUACGGCUU